UUUCGGAAACACAUUAAAUGGCCUGGCCGGGCCCGUGUGCGAAAUACGCAUCAGUCGGAAAGCGCACGUUAAAUCUCCAAAGUAAGUACUUACUGUAGCAUUACAAUCUGAAAUUGCUAUCAGAGAGAGUAAUAAUUCGCAAUCAUGGAAUUUCGUAGAAACCGAAAACCUCGACAAUGGGAUUGUUUGUUGUGGAAGAGAAAUCCACCAGGACAAUCAGCAACCCUUGCCGGGUGUGCAACCGUGGUUGUCGUAAGGGCGUGUUUUGUGAGCAGUGCAAGGCGUGGCACCACCCUAAGUGCGAGGGACUCACAGAUAAGAAGUUCGAAGAAUUGUCUGCCAGGACUGGGGAGUAUUGCUGUACAUCGUGCAGAUUCAACUACAGUGCUGUACUGGACAAACUUGAGGAAGCUGCAUCCCUCGGUAGGUGAAAACCCUGACUCUUUGCCCUUUUUUGUUGUUGAUUUAGAUAGUUCGUUUUAAUUAAACAUCUUUGUGCAGAACAAUAAUAAUUUAUAACACUAUGCAAGAUCUACACUGCGAUAAACUAGUUAGUUUUUAAUUUAGAUGUUAGUUUUGGAAUACAGUUUUACAUGGAAAGUAUUUUAUGACAUUGUCGAAGAGAAUCAAGCAAUACGCAAUUCAUCAAACCACCAAUUUGUUAUAAUAACAUUAAUUAAUGGUGUCGAUUAAUCAAUCCAAUUACUGCCACUACUCACAACUUAGUAUAUACUAACCCUUUUGAACACAAUCUGCAAUCGCCUAAACUUGAGUUUUUUUUUUAUUUUAAAGGUAUUGAGAGUCUCAUUACGGAAGUCCAAGCCCAGGUUUCAAAUUUGCCUGAACUGACUGUAAAUAACAAACCGAACAGCGUGACCACAAAUGCUAUUGAUGAUAUUGCUGCGUCAAUUAUUCAACAGUACGGUGGUAAGAUGCCCGAAAGUCCACUGAAGGUGACAGGAAACGGGAACUGUCUGUUCAACGCUGUCAGUAUUGGUGUCUUUGGGUCAGAAAUCAGAGCCACAGAACUGCGAGUGAGGACAUGUAUCGAAAUGACACUGAAUGCUCCUUACUACACUGAAUUAUCAGACAACAGGCGUCUGUCUCUUGUCAGUACAGACUACACAAGCGCUACCCUGGAAUGUGCAAAGGAUAAGUCACACUCAUCUGCUUGGACUAUGCACGCUGUGGCUUCUGUUGUUGGAAGAAACAUAAUCUUGUGUUAUCCCCCAAUCAAUGGCAUGAUGGAUCAGUCUCUUGCUAUCCUCAACCGUACAUUGAAUCUCGCAGGACAUCUUCCGCCAAGCCCAUUAAAAUACCUUGGAGUUGUACCACAACACCCCCUGCAUCGGAACUCGACAGGAUUUGGUUACCUAACCACUUUGUCCUACUUAGUGAGCAAAUUCAACCCCCGAUGAAAAAGAGGAAAUGGGCUACAGUGGGACUACCAGAUAUUACCAUCAGUAACUGCCUCUUAGAUCAAGGCGACGGUAGCAGUGGUGACACUCUGCGACUCGAUGCGACAGAUACCAGGGAUACUGUCAUCACCAUCUCGCCUACACCAUCAGUGAGGCCUCCUAAAACUAUAAAGCAAGAAGAACAUUUCCAAAAGUAGAAGAAGCCUCGUCACGACACAAACCACCUCAACACCUGAGAAAAACCAGAUGAAGCCAGAAACGUCUUCUCCGGUAUUCAGCGAAACCCCGAUUGACAUGGAUAUCAGCCAAAUAAAGGACGUGAACUGUUCCGGUACUGCCGCUCCUGCAGAUAUAACGAUGGACCUUGAUCUGACGUCACUCGACCAUACAGCCAACGAUACAUCAGUCGAGAUAAUAGCACCUCCUGUGUCCACCAUGGAGGAUUCAUCUCUCACUCCAAGUAAUGAUGAGCUGUCCCUACAGGAUUCAUCACCAAGUGUCCGUGGUUCCGUAUCCAACAGUGGAAGGUUCAUGGACGUCCCGGAGUUGUUUCAGACAGUAAUCAAUGCGAAAGACAUUCAGUCAGAGAUUCCUGUAGGAAUAAAAGAAAACGAAACAUUUAUCUGUGACAACUCUCAGAAUAUAUCCCGCAGAUCGAUGUCCCGUCGAAUUAAAUUUGUAGAUGAUUGUGGUGUGUGGGGAAAGGGGUCGACAAAGAAACAUUUUUAUCAUUUUGUCAAUGGCAAAUUUACAUACUUAGAGCAAAAGGAAGGACUGUAUUGUGUAAUGAAAAAAAGUAUGAGAGUACCGAUGGCAAUUCAGCCUCCAAAUAGCGAAGUCCUAAUUGUUAAACGCUAUUAUAACAAACUGAAGCGAUGUGCAGACUAUCAUAAGCGGGUGACUUGGAUUGAACAGUUCCCCACCGGCCACGCUCCUGUUCAUCCACAAGUACCUAUUGUCGAAUACACUGGCAAGUUUCCCGAGUCCUGUGCCAUUCACGGAAAUUCAAAAAAGUCUACCGCCGAGUUUGUGAGGACGCCCGACACUGUCAUCGAGCAGAUAAGAGAAGAGGUGAAGACACAACCAGCACGAGAUGUGUACAAUAAGCACCUGCAGCAGGGAGAACAAUUAGCUGCCAGAGAUCUAAAACAAGUACAAAAUUUAAAACAGUCAGUGAGAAAAGACAAGGGCACCAAGCGGCAGAACACUGCAGAUGACCUUAUCAGCAUCAUUAACUCGAUUCACACCAACGAGUUCAUUCAAGAGAUUAUUCAGUGUAAAGGAAAACCGCCGUCAGUAAUUUUAUACACACAGGUUCAAAUUAAGGAAUUAAAACAGUUCUGUACAAGUGCCUCAGAAAAACCGGUUGUAGUUGGAGUUGGUAGGACGUUCAAUUUAGGAGCAUGUUUUGUGACUUUAUUAGUGUUUCAACAUCCGAACUUACACAGAAAAGGUACAGAGACCCAUCCAAUAAUGCUAGGCCCCCUUUAUCUUCACUGGGAUGGGUCAUACUUAACAUAUCACAGAUUUUUUUCACAUAUCCAGGCACUUCUAGAUUCUAAUCUUGGGGGGACUCAGACACAAGGGAAACAACUGGUAAUUGGAUCUGAUGAAGAAAGGGGCUUGAUUAAGGCCCUCCGAAACUGUUUCCCCGCUUCCACACACAUUUUAUGUGAACGGCACAUAGAACAAAAUAUAAAAAGACACCUUCGACAUCAGGCUGGCGCUUCAGAUCAGCAGAUACGACUCAUUCAUCAGAAGAUUUUUGGACCCUCCGGACUGGUGAAUAGCCAUGACUCCUAUCAGUUCGAACUAAAUCAAAUGGAACUAGAAGACAUUGUUUCAACAACUGUUCCCGAUUCCUCUUCCUACCUUUCUAAAGUCAUUAAAACUAUAAAAACUGACAUUUUCCUGCCUUCAAAAGAAAGACCAAAAGCAGUUCCGUUACAUUGGACUAAUAAUGCCUGUGAGAGCAUGAACAACAUCAUCAAAUUAAGUACCAAUUGGAAAUCAUUGAAAAUCCCGGAUUUAACUGACAAACUUCACACAAUUGUAAAAAUCCAGUAUGCUGACAUGCGCCGUGCCCUCUACGGCCAAGGCAACUACCAACUGACACCGUGGAUGGCAGGCUUUAAAUUGUCCAAUGCCUGCUGGACAUCAAAAAGCCAACAGGAGAAAGACAGACAUUUUCGGAAGUUCCUGCGUGGCCCCAGAUGUCAAAAAAGCAUUACUGUUUCGUCUGAUGGUCGCCUCAACAUUCCCAAGACACCACAGACAGCCCGAAAACCAGAACAACGAAAGAGGAUUAAAACAGCAAAGACGUUCACUUUCUAAGAAAGUAGUAUUUUCAACAAUAAAUUAUGUACUGUAGGAAAGUAGGAUAGAUAGAUAUGAUGAACAUUGAUGAUUAUUUAUUAAACAUCUUAUGUAUUGUAAAUAAGUACGCGGGUUAGAAUUGGUCUUCAGCAACCCAUGCUUGCCGUAAGAGGCGGCUAUACUUGUGGUAAGAGUCGACUAACAGGAUCGGGUGG